UCUCUCAACAUUUUCCGUUCCAAAUAGUUGCCAUUAUAUUCAAUAGUACUAGGUAGUGGGUCAAGCCAAGGACCUAAACUUUAACUCCCUCCUAUCUCCGUCUGCUAGGUCAGCAACAUACCUUCUACAUUUUUUGAUGCCCGUCUCUCAUCUUCCCGCCAUGCUUCUUUCGUUCACCGCGCGCGCUCCUCUUGCACAAUCUUGCAUCAGACACGAUCCAGCAUCAAUGUCACAGAUCAAGAAAACCGUGGACGGUUGUUGGACUUGUCGCAUUCGCCGGAAGCGCUGCAACUCUCGGCGUCCAGUCUGCGACAACUGUCAUUCACUCGAGAUUGUCUGCCACUUCGAUGAGCAGAAGCCAAAGUGGAUGGACAAUGGCGAUGAGCAGCGGAAGAUGAUGCAAACAAUCAAGAAUGAGACCAAACAAAAUGCUCUUCGUCGGAGAGAGAAACGAAAUAUCCGGCCCCAGGACCAAGAGAUGGUCAUUACACUGGAGAAAGAAUAUCUAGAGGUCGAUGUAGUUGAUGAUGUAGCUGGCAGAGACAUCCCAAUGCUUUAUGCCGGUAAUACCGAGCCCCUUCAAGCUGGCAUGGAGUCUGUGAAUAUUCCUGGAGCUGGUCUAGAUGCCCACCCGAAAGCGGAUACGAGUGUUGUACAUGCGCCAAUGCAGAGCCCCGCCAUCGAAAUCCCUUCAAGGAGCCCAGGAUCAAUGAGUCUAAAUCUCGGCAGAGAGGUGGAACUGGGAUCCAUCAUGAUAUACCUCGACUACGUUUUCCCAUUUUUGUUCCCGUUCUAUCGACCAUCGCUACUGGAGACCGGUCGGCAUUGGCUACUCAGUCUUCUCUGUCAGAAUGAAGUCUCUUUCUACACCGCAGCGAGCUUGAGCUCCUAUUUCUUUUCUAUUGCGCUUCAAGAUGGUCAACGAGCAAUGCAGGAAAGCUGCAGAGCUAUUGUAUGGACACAGUUGAUGGAGCAAAUGGACCUCGCCGUGGAGAAGAUUCAACAAGACAUCUCUGAGGUCAGAAAUUGUGGGGACCAGGUCUCUUUGGUACAGAGCGCCAGAAUGUUGGGAGAAAUAAUUCAACUACUCAUUGUGGAGGUCAUGGUACGCAGAGACGUCGACUGGAAUGUUCAUCUGACCCCAGCUCUAAGUCUGUUUGAGGGCAUUUUCGAGUUUCAUGGCACAUUGGCAUCACAGCCAAAUUUGAAAAUUCUUCUCCGCCGCCUUCAUCCGCCCCCUUUUGCAACGGAAUUCCCAGUUGACAAGCCUCUUCCCAACACGGCAGGCCAGUCGGCACUACUUUUCUUCACAGCAAUAUUGCUCUUUGUCGACAUCAUCUCAAGCACGGCGCUCGAUCAACCACCCCGCUUAGAAGCAUCUCAUCGACAUCUUCUCUCCAGCUCCCAGACAGAUGAGACCCUACUCGCACUAGAAGGCUUUGUUGGAUGCCAAAACUGGGUCUUUAUCGCCAUCAGCGACAUCUCGGCCCUGAGUAGCUGGAAGAAAAAUGCCAAAUGCACUCAAACUUUGUCAGUGAUUGACCUUGCCAAUCGUGCAGAACCUAUCUCUAAAGCUCUAGAAAUGGGCCUCAAAGACCUUUUUGCAAACGCGAUUAGUAUGAAGUCCAAGAACGGCAUUGCCACCCGUUUGGCCAGCUACUACUCUCAACCUACUGGCGGAGAUGGCGACUCAUCCAUCGCGGCAAUGACCCGGAUCUGGGCACAUGCCGCAAGAUUAUACCUCUCCGUCGUUAUCUCGGGCUGGCAACCUGCUUUCCCUGACGUACAAACCAGUGUUGAGAAGAUUUUAGACUUGUUUGAAAUGAUCAAGUCGCCGGGACAGCUGCGUAGUCUUUCGUGGCCACUUUGCGUAGCGGGGUGCUUGGCUUUACCUUUUCAAGAGCAGGCAUUCCGAGAUAUCAUUCAAAGUAUGGGUGAACUUCGUGUAUUCGGCACUGUUAGUCAGGCUCAGAGUAUCAUGGAAGCGGUUUGGAGAGCGAGAGGCACUUUCAUUACGGAAAGCUGGGAUAUUGCUGAGUGUUUGAGGAUUCUUGGUUCCCCUGCGCUCUUGAUAUGAGAUAUUGCCAGAUAAUUUAUAUUUGUGCUGUUGGCACACAAUUGUCUCAG